UUACGGCCGGGCCCGAUGAGCUUUUACGACGCCUUCCGCGGCUUCUUCGGGCUCCCGGGGGGCCGCAGGCCCCGGGAGCCGCUGUUCGGCGGAGCGCCGCGGGACGAGGACGAGGACGAGGCCGCCGAGGGCCCCCCCCGGCCGCCGCCGCCCCCCGAUGGCUUCAGCUUCGGCCGGUUCGGCCCCGGGGGGGCCUUCGAGGAGCUGCUGCGGGACGCGGCCGAGCUCCUGGGCGCCUUCGGGGGGGCUUGGGUCCGAGCCCCCCCCGGCCAUAGCCCCCCCUGCCCGGCCCCAGGCCCCGGGCGGCCGCUGCGGGACUCGAUGCUGAAGCACCCGGACGGCCCCGAGGGCUCCCGAGACCCGGCCCGGCCCUGGAGCCUCCUCCCUGAGCUGGAGGACGCUCGCCCGGCCCCCCCGGAGCGCAGGGAGGACCGAGAUCUGGACUCGGAGGUGUCCUCGGUGGGGCUGGGCACCAUCCUGCGGCCCCACGAGCCCCAGCCCCGCUCCUUCUUCCAGAGCGUCUCCGUCACCAAAGUGACGCUGCCUGACGGGGCGGUGGAGGAGCGCCGCACGGUGCAGGACAGCCACGGCCGCCGCGAGACGACCGUCACCCUGCGGAGGGGCUCCCAGGCCUUCGUCAGCACCACCACAGAGGACGGGCAGAGCAAAGAGCACCGCGAGGAGCUGCUCGGACGUGGAUGACCGGGAGCUGGCGCAGUUCGCAGGCACGUGGCCGCCGCACGACGAGCUCCGUGCGCCCACCCUGAGCGACCCCUCGGCCGUGCUGGGCAGCUUCUUCCGUCGCUGGUUCUCCGGCUGGUAGCCCUGACCUCCUGCUGGCCACCCCCGGUGGGCCAGGUCCUGUAGGGACGCGGUGGCUGCGCUGGGGGCUGCCCCCGCCCCCCCCCUUCUGGGGCACCACCACGUUUUGGGGACAAACAUGUAGAUGUGUACAGAGCAAUAAAUCUAUUUAUGCUAA